CCUACAACAACAUUCAUUUCAUUUCAACUCGGUUGUCUCUUUCGCCUUUCCCUCUCACCUCUCUCUCUCUCUAAUGGCCAAUUUCAAACCCUAAUCUCUCCCCUCCGCGAUGGCGACAUCGGCCUUCAAAUCAACCACGAAGAGAACGCCGAUCAGCUCUCCAUCAAACGCCGCCGCCGAAUCCAGUUCCUCCACCAAACCUCACCGCCGCUCAAGGAGUCUCAGUCGCUUCUCGCGGCUCCUUCCGGACCCCCCUGAAUUCGCCGACGCUCCGAGAGGAAGAUUCGUCAAUACAGCUCGAGGCUCAGCGUUUCCCGAAAUCAGCCUCGACGAUCUCGCAAUCGAAUUCUUCUCUCUCAAUGACUCCCUGGACGAGAGAGACAGCCAGAGAGGCCGAUCGUCGAGGCGUUGCUCUGAGAUUAGUCCGGCGACCAAUGCGACUGUAUCGUCCCAGAGGCGAGGGAGGUCAGUCUCGAGACAAAGCUCGGGAGUUGGUGAUGGGAAGAGAGAGAGUAAUUUUGAUAAGAAUGGUUGUGGUGGGAGGACUGGUUUGGAUGCUAAUUCGAGAAGAAGGCGUUCCGUUUCGGUGGUUCGGGGUCGGAAUAGCGAUUCUGAGAAUUCUAGCAAUCACGCAAAUAUGAGGACUUUCAGCAGUGGAAUGCCUUCAUUACAGAAGCCCGUAGCUUCAAGUCAUAGAUGCCUAGGAACGUCCCUCAGCCAAAAAGAUCUAUCAAAGUUGCAUGAUGACUACUCUAGCCAGUCUUCUGCACUAACUGAUGAUGAAGCUAACGAUGCUCGUUCUAGUAAAAAUAUGAUUGAGAAGACAAUCCGGGCAGUUUAUGCUCAGAAAAAGGGCAUGGUGAGAAAAACCUCUGCUUUAGCCAGUGAGAGUUCUUUGCAGGCAGACGACUUCAAUGUUCUUCAGGCUGUUCCUAAAGUCCGGAAAAAAUACACAACGAAAUUAGAACAGUCGGAGAAGCGUAAACAAGACCUGUUAGCUGAGAUAGCAUUGGAGGAGCAACAUGGUAGGGAGCUGUCUAAGAUUGUGAGGGAAUUGCUUCCUGAUCCAAAGAGCUCUGCCAAUGCAGAAAAACCAUCACGAGCUAGAAAGAGGAGUAAUGACAAAAAUAGGGUGUCUAAGCGAUUGACCGAAGAGGCAGAGAAAUAUUUCGAGGACUUCAUUUCAAAUGUUGAAGAUACUGAUCUUUCUUCUUAUGAUGGAGAAAGGAGUGAUGCAAGUUCCACUUUACAAGUGACAAAAACUAGAGAUGCAGUGUUGCAUUCCGGAGAAACAGAAACAUUUCGAACACAGACAAGAUCUAAUUAUCCUCCUGUUGAAAUAAUGGAUGGUGUUAUUCUGCCUUGGUUGCAAUGGGAGACAUGUAAUGAUGGUUCUGCUCUUCCAUCCAAGAAUAAGAGAGAGCUUCCCGUGACACCACAAAGUAUAUCGUGGGAUGCAUAUCAGGAAGCGAUUUCAGCACAACAUCCAAGCGGUAAUUCCGCUAGUAGUCGGGGGAGUUGGAGCCCUGGACUUGAUGGUCCUUCUUCGAAUACCGGAGAAGCAACAGGAAGCAUACUCAAAGAAGUAGCAAGUCACCAGAGGUCACAAUUUGACAUGGACAGGUACCUUAAACUUCAAAGAGAGGAAGAUCAUUUGUUUGAGAGAUGGAAAGAGCAGAACAGAAUCAAUUCUGGUGGUCUGCUGCUUUGUAGCAGCAAUGCCUUCUUUUGAAAAUUUUAUAACCCUUUCCUCAAACCCUGAAAAAAAAUGAAAUUAUUUAUAGUUGUAUUUUGAACUACAGUUGAUUUUGUGUGUAAAUUAUGAACAUUUUAUGUGGUGAUUGACUCUAAUCUGACAGUACAUAUUAGGCUAAAAUCAUCUUUUUCUGCUUCUCGUUCAGUCAUCAAAUGUUGGGUCCUUUUAAUAUUUUUGUUUUCACAAUGCCACAGCCUUCAAUAACAUUUUUUUUCCUAAGGUGGCAGUGCAGGCAGAGGUGGUUGUAGUAUAGUGGCAUUAGGACUUUAGUUAAGUUUUUUCUUUUUUAGCAGGAUCUUCUCCAGUUGCGUUUUUUAACUGAAGGAUGUUGUUUGGCCUUCCGCAUCGAAGAUUUUGUACCGUCACUAUAUAAGGCUCGUAGAGUAUUUUGUCAUCAUAAAAAAUACUUGAUUGGA